AUUUACAAAACAAACAUGAUGGUUCAACAGCACACGUUAGCUCACUACUCGAUCAACUUCGACACGAGACUCGAUCUAAAAGCAAAAUCUCCGCAGGGAUUUUUCCUCUACUACCACUGCCAUCGUGCAAUUACUUAAUGAACGAAUUAGCGACACUCGAGCAAAAUACGCAAGGGGAGUUUGAAAUGGAAAGACAACACGUGCCAGGUCCAGCACCACCCAAAAGUUGGCAAAGAUCUCGGUAUUUAGAAGCAGGUAGGAAUACUGCGGGUAUUGUUUUUCCUAAGGAAAUUAAAGUGCGUAAAAUAAAAAAAGGAGCGUGGGAUGGAGAGAGAAAUCUCCCAGGUUUAGUCAUCAUUCCAUAUUCAUCAUCAUAUAUGGAUACGAUAUUCAGGUGA